AUGGCGACGACGGGCAUGCAGCUCCUGGGAUUGAUCAUGUCCCUCAUCGGCUGGGUGUGCGGCUUCCUGGUGUGCGUGCUACCCAUGUGGCGAGUCACGGCCUUCAUCGGCAACAACAUUGUGACGGCGCAGAUCACGUGGGAAGGCCUGUGGAUGAACUGCAUCGUGCAGAGUACUGGAGAGAUCCAGUGCAAGGUGUACGACAGUAUGCUGGCGCUACCCAGCGACAUGCAGGCGGCACGUGGCCUCACCGUGCUCUCCAUUAUCAUCUGCCUCCUGGCGCUGGCUCUUGGCGUACUGGGCAUCAAGUGCACCAAGUGUGUGGGUCAGCCAAGCUUGGAGGCCCGGCUGGCUCGCAUCUCCGGUAUACUGUUUGCCGUAGCAGGGUUCCUCUACCUCGUACCCGUGUGCUGGACGGCCCACUCCAUCAUCAAGGAUUUCUACAACCCUUAUGUAGCGGCGCCGCACAAGCGUGAACUCGGCCCUGCGCUUUACCUGGGUUGGGGAGGCUCGGGUUUGCUGCUCAUUGGCGGAUCUCUGCUAUACGCUGGCUCCAGCCCACCUGGCAUCCCUUCAUCACCUACCUUCAGCAGCGGAGAGAGCAGCCCACGCCGGGCUGGGGGAAGCACACAGGUCAAAGGUUACGUUUAACGAGGGACACCGACUGCAGUCGAGCCCAAACCAAUCCCCUCUGCCAGUUUUCCCCAUCGUCAUGCAUUCCAGUUAAUGUUAAUGUAUUUUUUUUAGUCAGUCUCAGUGUUAAUGCCUGACUCUAGGCUGUGAAAGGUGUGAAGAAGUGUAAUUAUUUAGUAUUUCAUUCCCUUGUGUCAUCGUAUAACCCGCUCUCUCUCCCUCUCUCUGUCUCUCUCUCUAUCUCUGUGUAUUUAUUCAUGUAUGGAAAAAAUAAAGACAUCUUCCAAAGCC